AUGUUCCGUCUUGUGUUGGCUCUCGUUUUCUUGAGCACUGUUGCUGGACAGUGUAACCGGCAAAGCGAUCAAUACAUUGGAGACUUGUGCUACACCGUAUCCAACAUGAAACUCAAAUUUUCUGAUGCCGAGAGCGCUUGCAACCAGAACGGAGAAAACCUUGCUGUGAUUCAUAAUACCAUGCAGUCUAACUUCUUGGCUUAUAUGGUUCGUGCUGAUAACAGCUCUACUAUAGGAGAAUUUUGGAUUGGAUUGAGCCGUUCGUCCCUCUAUUCACGAUUCCAAUGGGAUGAUGGGACUACUAUGUCAUGGAGCAACUUUGAUUCCAAUGUUCCAAAAUCCCAACUGUUUGUGGCCGAGAGCACUGCUAACGGAAAAUGGAAAACUUUGGAUGGACAACAAGCACUUUACUUCGCAUGCAGCUACCGUCCAGGAAACGUCAACCCGAGCCCAACACCAUCUGGAAAUAACACUGACAACGGCUACACCACCGGAUAUCCAGUGUCGUACCCAGCUGUAAAUGGAACCGACUUCCCAGUCUCGUGGCCAUCUUUCAAUGGAACAGAUUCUCCAGUUUCCUGGCCAGCAUGGAAUAGCACUGACUACCCAUUCAGCAACUCUACCGGAUAUCCAGUAUCAUGGCCAUCGUUCAAUGGCACCGACUAUCCAUGGUCUGGCAACUCCACCGACUUCCCAUUCUUCGGAAACUCUACCGGAUAUCCAGUCUCUUAUCAAGCUGGAAAUUCUACGGACUUGCCAAUCUUUGGAAACUCUACCGAGUACCCAACGUUUGGAAACUCCACUGGAUAUCCAGUUUCUUAUCCAUCUGGAAAUGGUACUGACGUUCCAGUCUCUUAUCCAGCUGGAAAUAGAACCGACUAUCCAGCUUCCGUUCAGCCAACUGUAUACCCAGUCUCCGUUCCACCAGGAGGAAGAGCCGAUAGAUUCUAA